UUCAUUUUGUGCGUGUGCGAGCGCUGCUGCAGAGCGUGGGGUUUCCCAUAGCUGAGUGCAGGGUUACCGCGCCCAUCUUCGCUGUUCGGUGGCCGGGUGAAGAAGAGAGUGACUACUGAGAAAGGGCGGCUAAACAGGCUGGUGUCAUAGACGAAGAGGAAGUGGCUUCUAAAUGAAAUAUACAUCGGGCGAAGACAUUAGUGGAAACCGAGUGUUGAGAUUACAGUUGCAAAUACAGGCAAUCUGCGUCCAGUCAUCAGCAGGGAGUGGAGUGAUUGGUUUCCCGGGUUGGUCCAGGUUGUUGAAAAAAAAAAAAACUCCGACUAGGAUUUGCAAACUAGCGGUUCACGGGCGUUAGUUGGUGCGUGGAUUGGAGGUAUACACCGUUAGCUACCUCUUCCAGUCAAUGCCAAAAAAAAAAAAGCCAACGCCAACUAAGAAAAAGAUCAGCAAGUGUCCCGGCAGCUGGAGCGAGGCAGACAUACUAGCAGGGGAAAAUGAGUGAACUGGACCAGUUACGCCAGGAGGCUGAGCAGCUCAAAAGCCAGAUCAGAGAUGCCAGGAAAGCAUGUGCAGAUGCCACACUAUCACAGAUCACUGCCAACAUUGAUCCUGUUGGCCGUAUUCAGAUGCGCACAAGACGGACACUGAGGGGACAUUUGGCUAAGAUCUAUGCCAUGCAUUGGGGCACUGAUUCCAGGCUCUUGGUCAGUGCUUCCCAAGAUGGUAAACUCAUCAUUUGGGACAGCUAUACCACUAACAAGGUCCAUGCCAUUCCUCUACGCUCUUCCUGGGUCAUGACCUGCUCAUAUGCACCUUCAGGAAACUACGUGGCCUGUGGAGGUCUGGACAACAUCUGCUCUAUUUACAACCUGAAGACACGCGAGGGGAAUGUGCGUGUGAGCCGGGAGCUCGCUGGACACACAGGUUAUCUGUCCUGCUGUCGCUUUGUUGAUGACAACCAGAUUAUUACAAGCUCUGGAGAUACCACUUGUGCCCUAUGGGAUAUCGAGACUGGCCAGCAGACGACCACGUUUGCUGGGCACAGUGGUGAUGUCAUGAGCCUCUCCUUGGCCCCUGAUACAAGGCUAUUUGUCUCAGGUGCUUGUGAUGCCUCCGCCAAGCUCUGGGACGUCAGAGAGGGCAUGUGCAGACAGACCUUCACUGGGCAUGAGUCUGACAUCAACGCCAUAUGUUUCUUCCCCAAUGGCAAUGCCUUUUGUACGGGCUCUGAUGAUGCCACCUGCAGACUCUUCGACCUUCGUGCCGACCAGGAGCUGAUGUGCUACUCGCAUGACAACAUCAUCUGUGGCAUCACCUCUGUUGCUUUCUCCAAAAGUGGCCGUCUCCUCCUAGCUGGAUAUGAUGACUUCAACUGCAACGUGUGGGACACACUGAAGGCUGACCGUGCCGGUGUGUUGGCUGGACAUGACAAUCGUGUUAGCUGCCUGGGAGUCACUGAUGAUGGCAUGGCAGUUGCAACAGGAUCCUGGGACAGUUUUCUGAAGAUCUGGAAUUGAAACCUGGAGAUGUAAUUUUGAAUUCAAGUUCACUGGAAGACCAUUUACAACAACUUAAGAAUGUAAAAUUUCACAGCAUCUUCUUCAACCCCGUUUUAAACGGACUUGGAAACCACAAAAACGAAGGGAAACCAAUGCCUUUCCUACACAAAGAAGAGCACAAUUGUUUAUCACCUAGUUUAAAAGAUUUCCUGUGGUAUCAAAUCAAACUUGUGCAUUCCUUCUUGGACCAUUUUAUGUUACCUUGAAUGAAAAAACACUAUCAUCCCAUGCAAAUGUAUGCGUCUCAAAAGCAAAUGUUGGAGCGUAAUUGUACAAAUAUUUAACUUUUUUUUUCUAUUUUUUUUUUUUAAGAAUUCUAUUCUCUGAAGGUUAUAGUUGUAUUCAAUGACUUUCGUUUGUCAUGUUUCCUCAGUGGUUUUAGAUAUGUUUUUAAAAUUAAAGCUUUUCAUUUUAAUCUAAUUUAAUCGUGUAAGAAAGAUGGGACAAAAUAACAUGAAGAGAGCUUGAAAGCAAAAGCUUGACCAGAUUACAUGAGCAACUUUCGGAACGUUUCUAUGAUGUAUUUAUAUAAUAGCGGUUUGUUUAAUCACAGCUUUUUUUGCACAGAAAAUCAAAUUUGCUUCAACUAAUAUUGUUAACUAACCAAGCACAUGCUAUAAAUUGUGAUGAAUGCUCAUUCCAAAGCAAAAGGGUAUGAGUAACUUAUUUUCAGUUAACUGAAGGGGUUAACUGUCUUUUGUUAUUUGGGUGGGGUUUAGAAUGGGGUUCUGUUAUUUUUGUGGCAAGGCUGGAUUUAGUAAAUGGGUGGGGGAUUGAUUUUUUUUUUGUCCACUUCUCAGUGAUAGACCUCACCUGACUAAAUAGACAGACCCUUCCUGUGCUUGGAACUGCAUUUGCUAUUCUGUGAAUGAAAUGUACAAAUCAAUGUCUGAAAAUAAUGAUCUGAAAUGUCAUAUUUUUUUCUGGUCUGCCAUGGGUUAAUUUAGGCGUGCAUGCUGUAGAAUUGCUUUCCAAGGUGCAAAGGCCCAAGUUGUCUGUCUUUUUCGUAAGGAUAGUAACCUGUUAACUAUAAUUUGAACUUUAUUCAAGGUAUUUUUGGCUAGACUCUGCAUACAUUUAUGUACUUACACUGGCAAGGCUAUGCACCAGAGAAUUAAAAGUGAAGAAUGAUUUCCUAUUGACUGCAGACUCUGAAAUAUGCUUACCAGUUCUAAUGAUGCCACUUUUUAUAAUUCAUAAAGGAAUGAUUGGGAGCUCUGUUGGGUGGUUCACACAAUCUCACCUUUAAAUUUUCACAACCAAUGGAACAAAACACAUUUUCAGAUUUCUUAUUGUAAUAUUUUUUUAUUUUGUCUUAAAUAUGUCAAAAAGCAUUUGAAUGACAUUUUUUUUUCUUCUUCACUGUAUACAGAAGCACUUUCUUUAAUAGUUGUGACAUUUCUUCUUUAUUUUCCCUGCGAUGUACAAUAAAUGUGAUGUAUUUGUGUGUGGCCACAAGUAAAAUGACUUGCAAUUCAAUUGAGAUUUCCUUUUUCUCCUUCCAUUGAUAAGAUAGAGCUCUGCAUCCUUGUACUCUUCACCGUUUUUUUUGUAUUUUAUUUCAGUAUGUUGGUGUACCACAGCGAGCUGGAUGCAAGAUAGAUAAUGUACUGUUAUUGAAAAAUGUAAUAAAAAGCUGUUUGAGGUGUC